GUACCAGAAAUGUAUUAGAACAGGAGCCAUACGCUUAGCUUCAGGCCUUUGACCAACUGAAAUUAAUUAAAUUGGAAGCUUCUUAUAAGUUUGGGAGAAAUCUUGAAAAUAAACAAAAUAAAAUUAGUUAAAACAUUGAGCUUUUACCCAACUGAAAAUUCCACACGCCAGGAAAGCCAUCACUUUCAGCCAAAAAAAAUAUCAAAAGCAAAACCCAUUUGAUUUUCCAUUUCUUUCCCUUCGAUCCGUUCAACUCAAGUUUACUCUUAAAUUUUCUCAAGAAGAAAACUCAUUUGGAAGAAAAGAAAAACUUUCCCAAAAUGCAUGAUUUUUGCUUCACAAUCCCUUAUGGAUUGCUUCUUGUGGCUGGAGGAGUAAUUGGGUAUUUGAAGAAAGGGAGCCUAGCAUCACUUGUUGGGGGUGUAGGCACUGGAUUGCUUCUCAUUCUUGCUGGAUAUUUGAGCCUUAGAGCUUUUGAGAAGAGAACGAACUCUUAUUUUGCUUUGGUUCUUGAGACUGUUACUGCUGCUGUGCUUACGUGGGUCAUGGGUCAACGUUAUUACCAAACAUCGAAGAUUAUGCCUGCUGGAAUUGUCGCUGGGAUCAGACAUCAAGGUUUGCCUUGGAACGAGAACUGCAGUGUUUGACACAAAUGAAUGGUAGCAUAUUUCCAGAACCAUCAAAAUUUGAUCCGAUUACAUUUGAGAAUCCAGCUUGACUUCCACCUUACUGCUUCAUUCGAUUCAGAGGUGGACCUCGGAUAUGUUCAGGAUGUGAGUUUGCAAUGAUUGAAACCCUUGUUCCAAUUCAUUAGCUGGUUACCGGCUACUAUCAGACAACUUUUGCAGCAGGGAUCCACUGCCUGUUCCAACUAAAGGACUACCAGUUCAAAUCAGACCGACAAAACUGUGAUUUUUUUGCUUGCUUCAAAGAAACUUGCCUGUAAAAUAUAGUGUAAGAAUCUCAGAAUCAUAAUACCAGACCAGCGUUUUUCAACUGAAGAACUAAAUACUCCAAAUUCAACACUCAAGCCAAGCUUAAUUGAUUACCAACCAUGUUAGAAUUAGAGUAAACUCAAAUCAAAUAAGCUGUUGAGACUAGUUAAUCUGCAAGUAAACAUCGAAUGAAAAUCAUAAAACAAGCAAAAUUAGAACAUUACAGUUCCAUAUAACACUAAAAUUUGACU